AUGCAGAGCGCCUCAAUGCGGCAGUUGGUUAUUCAGACGACCAAAGUGUCGUGCUGCAUCUUCCUUGGAUUGCACCUGCUGAUACUUCCUAUCUUCCUCGUCCUCGUGGCUGUUGUCUACGGCACGCUUCCUCGUAAUUGCCAGGACUCGUCGUGGCAAAACCGAUGCCAGAAAGCCGCCAGUUUAACGCUCGGCGAUGUCAUGCUAACGCUGCUCUAUCAGACCUUGGGGGUUGGAGGCUACAUCGACCUCAAGGAGAACUACUCUGAUGCCCCAGCGACACAACACGAUUGGGUUUUUCUUAUCGCAGCCUACUUGGGCAACUUGGCGCACGGCUUCAUUCACAUGUAUGAAGCAUGGCUAUCCCCGCGCUGA